UCCAGCAGACAGAGGAGCCAGCACGAAGCCCUGAGUAGGAAAUGUGCCUGGAAAGCCCUCUUGGAUGCAAGACAAAGGCGGGGUAUAAAACGAAAACAAAAGUAGCCCCAGUUAAGAGAGGUCAUUUGAUUUCACUCUGCACUCAAGACUGCUCCCGUCUGCCCACUGAAACAGGUUGCAGCCAUGGCUUUGGAACACAACCUAUCAACAGAUUACUAUUAUGAGGACAAUGAAAUAAACGGCACUCAUGACUAUAGUCAGUAUGAAGUGGUCUGUGUAAAAGAAGAGGUCAGAAACUUUGCAAAAGUUUUCCUGCCGGCCUUCUUCACAGUAGCCUUCAUCAUUGGAGUUGCAGGAAACUCCGCAGUAGUGGCGAUCUACGCCUGUUACAAGAAGCAGAGAACCAAAACAGAUGUGUACAUCCUGCACUUGGCGGUGGCAGACUUACUCCUCCUAUUCACACUGCCUUUUUGGGCAGUUAAUGCAGUUCAUGGGUGGGUUUUAGGGAAAAUCAUGUGCAAGGUCACGUCGGCCUUGUACACAAUCAACUUUGUUUCUGGAAUGCAGUUUUUGGCUUGUAUCAGCAUAGACAGAUACUGGGCAGUAACUAAAGCCCCAAGUCACUCAGGAGUGGGAAAAUCAUGCAGGUUCAUCUGUUUCUGUGUCUGGACGGCUGCCAUCUUACUGAGUAUACCCGAGCUGGUGUUUUAUACCGUAAAUCACAAGGCUAUGUGCGUUCCCAUCUUCCCAUACCACCUACAAACAUCAAUGAAAGCAUCAAUUCAAAUGCUGGAAAUCUGCAUCGGAUUUGUGAUACCCUUUCUCAUUAUGGGAGUGUGCUACUUCAUCACGGCAAGGACACUCAUCAAGAUGCCAAACAUUAAAAAAUCUCGACCCCUCAAAGUUCUGCUCACAGUGGUUAUAGUUUUCAUUGUCACUCAGCUGCCUUAUAACAUCGUCAAGUUCUGCCAAGCCAUAGACAUUAUCUACUCCCUGAUCACCGACUGCGACACAAGCAAACGCAUGGACGUCGCCAUCCAAAUCACAGAGAGCAUUGCACUCUUUCACAGCUGCCUCAACCCAGUCCUAUAUGUUUUUAUGGGAUCCUCUUUUAAAAACUACAUCAUGAAAGUUGCCAAGAAAUAUGGGACCUGGAGAAGACAAAGACAAAAUGUGGAGGAGAUUCCUUUCGAUUCUGAAGCCCCUACACAGCCAACCAGUACAUUCAGCAUUUAAAUGUAAAACUGCCCUGUAUCUUGCUUCAAUACACAUGGGUGAUGCUUCUCCCUCAGAUAAAACAUCUGCAUUAUUCUGAAAUUCAAAUUUCAAACACUGUGGUGGCAACUUACUACAAAGAAGAGGUUGUGGUCAGGAAGGGGGCAGGGUAGAAGCCACAAAGAACAGGAAACAGAAUAAUCAGUGCAUAAAACAUGAAAAUUAAAAUGAGCAAUAUCGGAAAAGAAUAGUAACAGGCAUAAAUAAUAAAAACAUUAUGCUAUAAGUUAGGCCAUCUAAAACAUUAAUAAAGAGGCUUAUAUUAAGGGGCAUUUAUAAUUAUUUUAAAUUAUGUAAGAAUGAUUUCCCUGCAUGAUUUCAAUAUUUGAAUAACUAUACAGCAAAAUUUAAUCUAUCCUUCUUGUUUUUUAAUUUGUAAGUGAUUUCAUAAUAACAAUCAUCAACAAAAAGUGCAUAAAAAGCUUUUCUGGCCCUUUUAAUACACUUAUGGUAAGUUUCUAAACACACAGUUUGCUUGCAUACAUCACCUUUCUUUAGUAAUAAGCUGGUUUUCCCAUUAGAUUUAUCAUGUAUACUCAGAAGCAAUCCUCAGGCAAUCAUAUCUGAUUGUUAAUAUAAUCUGUUAUUUUUAUAACUUUCUAAAGGGUUCAUCCAUUUAUCUGAGUGUAUUACUGAGAGUUGACCAAACAAUGCAUUUUUCUAUGUAUAAAGAUUCUUAAUUUUCAUUUGAACACUUGUAUUUUUAAGCAAUGGAAAUAUGUAUCACAAUAAAUUAUUUUAAUAACAUGUACAGUUUCUCUUUAAAAACAAUUAUAUAUAAAUUAUUAUAGUCCAUGUGAUAUGUCCCUAUUAAACUUUAAUUUUGAUAGAAAUUAUAAUGGUCAAAAAUAUUGUGCAGUAAUAUGAAUUUUAUCUUUCACGAACUGUAAAAAAAAAACACGAUGCUUUCUGCUCUUAAAAUAAACAUCACCUAAUCAAGA